AUGUAUUACCAGUACUAUGAUCCUCCGCCACCGGAGCCUUUGAAGUCAGGCGUGUUCACCUACGACAAAGACGGCAUCAAAGCGGGAGGUUUUACCAGAGCCCCUUUUGAGGAGUUGAGGCUGCUCUUCCGCAAAAAUGCGUCUAGUGCUCGUGUCAGAUCUGCGACCAAGCCGUGGGUCACAGCGCAGUUACAUCUUUACGGAAUCCCUUUUCAGGCAACGGCUAGUGCAGCUCAAUUAAAGGGUGCCCUAGAGACUGCGGUGAAGAACAGGCAGUGCUUAAAUCCGACACCAGCAGUGAUGGCCAUCGAAAGGUCCUUGGCUGAACAGUACCGCAACCUGGAAAGAGCUCGUGAGGAGCGCAUCAGCCGUGCACAAGCGGCUAAAUUUGCAACGCUGGAGUCUCCUUCCCUCGAGGCUCGCUUGGAUCCUCACCUGUUCCUUGCCAAGUAUUUCCUCGGGCCGAGCGGGGCCCCAGAUAAAGAGAAGCAAAGAGAGGCGUUGAUACUUGAAGAUGUUGAUGGAUCGGAUUUCUCAAAGGCUGUGCAGACAGUACCCGGUCUCGUCGCGCGUAUCACCAGGCGACUGACUGUAGUUGGAUGGGAAGAUACCUUCGCGCGCGGACUCGACGCUGCCUUUGCAACUUGUUCUGCGCCUGGUGCUCCGUUGCACAUCCCCACAACCGAGGCUAAUUUCGACCUUGAUCGUUUCAUGGCAAAAUAUUUCCUUGACGGCUUGAAUGGUAAGCCCGAUCCGAAGAAGACCACCGAACCAAUCGAGCUCUACUCAUUCUUUAGGCAUCUGCCACGCCUCAUAAGUGUUGUAGAGUCCAUAUCAGGGCUACACCUUAUACAGGUUAGAGGUGCAUGGGACUGUAAGCACACGAUAGUUGGCUGGGACAUCGCCAAAGUCAUGGCUAUCAAGAAAGGACAUGAAGAUGAAAGGGAACGAGAAAAGGCUGAAAAAGAAGCCAAAGAGCGCGCAGAAAGGCAAAAAUGCUGGCACAAAGCAUUACAGCCUCAUCGGGAUUAUAUGAAAAGGUAUCGCCCUCCCGCCGGUCCGCUGACGCUGGACGAUCUCGUGGGAUCGUAUUCCAUUCUCUGUGAAGCAAUAGAUGAUCACCUGGGUAAUUAUCAUUGCGACUUGACGCUCGAGAUCCAGAAGCCAGCAAGCGCAAAUGGAGUAGUGGCCGCCUUCAAUCUUGGUCUCGUUGAAGGAACCAUGCUGCUAGCAUUGUCCGAUGAUGCACUGCACCGUCUCCGUGAAGAGCAGCCUCCUGAGUUGGCCUAUUACGAAGAGGAAGAGGAAGAUGAAUCCGAUGGCUUUGAGUCGAACUCCAAAAAGCGCAAAGCAAGCGGGUCAUCAGGAGGACAAGCCAUCAGACGCCGGCUGGGUGAGCCCCCCAAACCGAAUCGCGUGUACCUCCAGUGGGGGGGCCGAGUUGUCGAAGCAGAAAUUGAGGUCGAUGAGGGCAACGAACACACCGGAUAUCUCGACUUUGACGCUUCAAAGGCAACGGCUCGUGGAGAAUGGGUCUAUCCGGCGAUGUGGGGUAAAGAAAGAAAGCUUGCCUUCUCGAUUUAUAAACGUGGAGAUCAGCCUCGAGAAACUCCCAGCAAUUGGAAUUACUGGACCCAGAAGUGGUAUGACAUAGAAUGCAGGGAUCGCUGGGGCUGA